UCAGAAGUGUUUUGAUAUAAAUAUUAAUGUGUAUUCUCGCUACAACCUGAGCAGAAUGGUGUGCUGCCGGAGUGCCACACGCCUCCCGAUUGUGUGCCAGCGCCAGUUAUUGUCACCGCUACAGGCUUUCUUCUCCUCUGCCUCUCUCGACGCGCAUUGGACGGCUGACAGUGCGUAAGCGCCACUGAAACUGUAGCCUAUUGCCUGUCUACAAAGAAAAAAACCCAUCGAAAGAUGAAGGCUUGAAACCGGACUUUCGCAGAAUAUUGCAGCCACUUGGUGCCAAAGUGUAAUUAGAAGUGGCAGCUGCACAUUUUGGCUGUGGGAUCAGAGCUGUGAGCGCGCGCUCUACUGUGGCUGCUGCUGGAGUUGCGCUCAGGACUUGCCUGGGUGUGGAUGUACGCUGACCUAUGUUGGUAUUUGAACUUCUCUACUUUUAUUUAUCAAACUAUACAUGAUGACGGUUGGAAACUGCUUCUCUUCGUCCUCAAGUGCCGGACUUUACGCACUGCAUGGAAGCCAACUUCAGGUGCCUGGUAAUGCGGAGGAUACACAGCAGACAAACUGACCCACUGAGGACAAGGGAUUGAAAACGUUUUCAGUUUUUUGGGGGAGCUCACUGAGAAUCAUUCUGGCCAUGCAUCACAAUACACGUUUCACUCUGUGUUUACGCAUUUAAUCAGGCGUCUAAGCGCCUUUCUUCUCCAAAAAAAAAAAAUGCUUCAAAGAGUGAUGCAAAGCUGCGCGCAAGUUCCUUCUCUUCAGCUCUUUAAUUUUCCAGACAAAAACAAGUAACCUAGAUAAAACACAAGUGAAACGGCGUUUUAAAAUAAUUUUUCACACGCACUAUGCUUUUUUAGCAUUUGCAAAUGACUGGAAGAGGCAUGACAUUUUUACCCAAAAAAUAUGCUUUUUCUUCUUCUUUUUAAACUAACGAUGCUGCAAGUAGGAUUUUUUCUUUAAAGCAAUUCCGGCAUCCAUACAAUUUUUUGGGGGGGAUUCUUGUUUCCCAACGACUCAAAGAAACAUGUUGCAUAUCCUUGUGCUUCAGUCGGCGGUGUUACUUUUUGGAGUAGCCGACUGUCGAAUCUUAGAGGGAUUGCAGAGAUACUCCUCCAUCCCCACAUACCUGCCCGUCAACUACCAGGUCCUCAACGCUGACUUGGCGUUCUUCCUGAAGGAGGCCAACCAGGACAUCAUGAGGAACUCUAGCCUGAUGUCGCGGACUGAGCCCUUCUUCAUCUACCAGGCCAGAAGUUUGCCCUCGAUGAACACUAGCUACGGGCCCCUCUCUGUGGAGCAGGCCGUCCCUUUAGAGCUCCUGCAGAGCCCGGGGACGUUCCCCGCCUCUUCUCUUUUUACCUUCAACUGGAAGGUGCAGACCUUUAUCAUGAAUACCAGGAUCCACUUGGCCAAGCCCAAAGUCCAGGUGCUGUUUUAUGUCGCAGGCAGGGACUGGGACGACUACAGCGCCAUCGACAAGCUUCCCUGCGUGCACAUGUUUGCUUUCCAUGAGACCCAGGAGGUGCGUGGCUCUUGCCAGUUAAAAGGGGGGCUGGGGCUGUGUGUGGCUGAGCUGGAGCCCUUGGGAAGCUGGUUCAGCCCACCCAGCGUAGUGCCAGGACGCCAGAGGAACCUGGAGGUGUCUGAGGGCACGCCAGUGGAGCUGUACUACAUGCUGCAGUCCACAGAGGCGGGGGAGUGCCACUCAGAAGAGGCCAGGAAGGAUACCUUCAUCCGCUCAAGCCAGGAAGGGCUGUUUGGUUCCUACACCUCCACACCGCUACGCAGGAUUGGUGGCAUAAGGCUCUAUCAGAACCCCACCCCACCACCGCUCGCUGAACAUAGGCUGGAUAAUAACUUUAUGGUCAUGGUGCCAGCCACACCCAUGAGACAGAGGGAAACCGUCUCUGCUUUCAUCACUGUGUCAGCCUACUCUCCUGUGGAGAUGUUUACUCUCAGGGUGAAGUUGAAAGAAGGAGUGACGUUUCUUGGGGCUCGUCCGAGCAAUCCCACACAGUGGAUGGUCAGCCAGGAUGUAAGGAGCGAAGGCCACCGAGUGGUGACUCUCCACUGCCGCAGGAAGGAGUCCGGCUACGAUCAGCAAAGGGCUGAGAUGGGAGUUCAGAGGGUGCUCCAGGUGGAUCUGAAAAUGGAAAGCUUUCCGGAGCCGCUGGGCAGCCGCUGGAUGGCCUGGCAGGUGGAGUACCCGGCCAGUCGCGCCGCCACACAAGAGGCUGAGACGGAAAUCCAACUGGCGCAGGAGGACUUGGCGGGCAUCGUGCCCCUGGCCAUGGACUCUGAAAUCUUGAACACGGCCGUGCUGACUGGGAAGACAGUGGCUGUCCCCGUAAAGGUGGUGACCAUUGGAAUAGAUGCUUCUGUAACAGAUGUCUCAGAAGCCGUCAAGUGUCGCUCUACAGAUGAAGAUGUGGUCAAGGUGUCCGACAGGUGCGACUAUGUUUUUGUGAAUGGCAAGGAGAUGAAGGGCAAGGUGAAGAUGAUGGUGAACUUCACCUACGGAUACCUGAGCGCUCAACUGGAGCUCAAUGUGUGGAUCCCUCGACUUCCCCUCCAGAUUGAGGUGUCAGACACGGAGCUGAGCCAGAUCAAAGGGUGGAGGGUGCCCAUCAUAGCCACCAGUCAGAGGUCCACACGUGACAGCGAGGACGAGGAUGAUGAAGACAGACGUGGACGAAGCUGCACCCUGCAGUACCAGCAUGCCAUGGUCAGAGUCCUGACCCACUUUGUAGCCGAGUCAGCUGAUCCUCGAGGCCAGACCAGCUUCAUGCUGGGCACUGAUUGGCAGGUGGACAUCACAGAGCUGGUGUGGGACUUCCUGAAGGUAGAGGACCCCCAGAUCGCACAGCUUCUGGACAGGAGGAUACUGGUGGGACUUGAUAUGGGGAUGACCACGAUUCAGGUGUUGUCUCCUUUGUCGGACUCAAUCCUAGCAGAAAAGACCAUCACAGUGGUGGAUGAUAAAGUGACCAUCACGGAGUUGGGGGUCCAGCUGGUGACGGGCCUCUCUAUGAGCCUUCAGCUCAGUCCAGGAAGCAACAGAGCCAUCCUGGCUACCACGACCACACAAGAGAUUCUGCAGAGCCCCAAACAGGAGGCUCUGAUCAGCGCCUGGCUGCAGUUCAGCGACGGCUCUGUGGCUCCUCUAGACCUGUAUAAUCCUGACUUCUUUGUCCUGACGGCCACCUCCCUAGAUGAGGAGAUAGUGACAGUGCAGCAGAACCCUUCGUGGAAAUGGCCUGUCAUUGUGACGGAGGCGGAGGGCCAAGGCCUGCUGGUCAGGGUGGAAAUGACUGUCUGCGAGGUCUGCCAGAAGUUCAAGCGCCGCAGCAUCCUGGCAGCGGGGAACUGUAACGUCAGGGUGAAGUUCGGUCACAGUGACAGCUCAAGGGGAGGGAGCAGCGACUACAGCCCCGAUGGAGACGAUAUGGAGAACAGAGGCAGGCUCUCCCCCUCCCAGGACAGGACUGGCCUUGACACUCACUACUACGGCAGCUCCAUCUCAGACAUGGAGGACGGGGUGUUGAGGAGAGCCACCACCACGAGAAGCGCGAUAAUGCGCAGACCUAAUGGGGAUAAACUUUCAGGUGAUGGUAGCCAGAACAUGCCGAUUGACUUUUCUGACUUCCCAGCACAAGUCGACCUGCCCCGUGGCCGCAAUAUGGACGAUGACCUCAUUCAGACUGCUCGUGGGCUCACAGACCUGGAGAUCGGCAUGUACGCCCUGCUGGGAGUUUUCUGCCUCGCCAUCCUGGUUUUCCUCAUCAACUGCAUCUCCUACACCCUGAAAUACCGCCACAAGGAGCUCUCGAUCGAGGGCCAGGAGAACAUGAACCAUGCCCAUGAUUGGGUGUGGCUGGGGAACGAGGCAGAGCUGCUGGAGAGCCAAAUCAGUCUCUCGCCCCAGCAGGAGGAACAGACUUCCAUGAUGGACUCCAGCAGCGGGCUGGAGGAAGGCAGCCAUUUGCUGAACGGAGGCUCUGCCCAGAAGAACGUGCAGGGCCAAGUGCACCGUGCGGCGGACACGGGGUGCAUAGCCAAGGACAGCAAAGGAGACUCACCCACCACCAAGAGGAAGCGAGUUAAGUUCACCACGUUCACCACCAUCCCCUCGGACAGUAGCUACCCCAUUGUUAACACGCUGACUGGAUGCCACAGCCAGGACAUUAAGUGGGUGUGCCAAGACGUGGAGCUGGGAGACUCCAAGGAGUUGCGCAAUUACAUGGAAAGGUUAAAUGACAGUGCUUUAAAAGAGGUGGCAUAAUGUACUGUGUGCACUUGUAACAAACUCACCCUUAUGCCUUUCAGAGGAAAGUGGGUCUGAACAGAAACCGGACCUGGACAAUGACUUCAGAAUCACCCCAAACUGCCAAAGGGUCAUUAAAUUAAAGAGUCAUGACUUGUCAUGAUUCCAUAAGUGACUGAUGAUGAAUCACUAAUGGGAAAAAAGUCAAAGAGGUGGUUGUUUUUCAUUUGUUUAUCAGAUGAUUACCUUUUUAUCAUCGUUUUAUUACUACAGGGUUUAGAUAGAAUGAUCCCAGGACUGAUCUGCCGCCAACUACGACCUGUAAUAUUCAGACAACAUGUAGAUUUUAAAAUGAACAGUAACAUGACUAGAUAGAUGUUCAGAAUGUGUGUGCACAUUAAAUGGUUUUGGAAGUUUUGUAA